ACGUCAUCUUCACACCUGCGUCAAAGUAAUAACAAUCAUGUCUUCCGUGGAGCUGUAACUGCUAACUACAGAUAAAUAUCUACUGAGAUAGCACUUCAUACUGCUUUUAAAGAACGACACUUGACGGAAUAUGUCGACGGCUAAGCUAAUAAUUAGCCUUUCACAGCCGUGGAAGAUACCACCUAAGUCUACUUCAAGAUGGCGUCUUAUCCUCUGGAAGUUUCAGACUGAUAUAUAUUGUCUUGAAAAAGUGGGAUUGAUGCUCGAGAAGGGGCAGAUGGCCUCAUCCUGCUCUGUGGGGGCUGCUUUGAGGAUCCACUGUGCUCCCGUGGGGCAACAUAUUUUGGCCCUAACACCACCCCCGCCCCCCGGCUAUCCAUCCAUGCCCCCAGCCAAGCACUCAGCACCCUCCAUACUGUAGCAUCCGUCAUCAUAAGACAAGGACGGCUUUGCAGCAUAUGGACACUGUACUCUCAGCAGCACAUGCACGCCCAUGCCGAAGACCACCUCCCUGUUUGCUGACAGCCAGUCCAACUAAUCCCAAGAAAUCUGACCCCUAUGUGAGGAAGCAUUGAUUGGCCAGGAUUGACGCUUUAAGGUUGGAGAGCGGAUGUCAACAUUCCAGUCAACGGUGCUUUAAAGCGCCAGGCCACGGCCAGGUCCAGCGCUAGAUCAAUGCCUCUGAAAUGGAGCCCGUGUGCAGUCAGUCACGUUAACGCAGCGCAUCGUCUUAAAGGGCUCUUUCUCUCUCGGUGCUAAGUGGAGGGGAAACAGAGUGGAGGCGUCGGCGACAGCAGCAGCCCUCUGCAUCAGGCCGAUUUCAUUCAGCGAACAGCCGCUCUCAGGACCGCAGGAAGCUACGUCCUUCAGUUUCUUGAAACAACAAAGUGUCUAACAAAGAGUCAUAAAAACAACAAUCAUGAUGGGAUUCAAUACAAGGAAGAACAACACACAGAAUUGAACUUUUUACGAUAUUUAUUGGCAGGUGAUGUUUUGCCGAGUGACUUGCUAGGUUAGUAAAGCCCUGGUGUGAUGUGUUAAAAGCGUCCCUACAAAUGGAAACAUGCACAUAACCACAGGGGUCCAGUCCACCGUGGCGGUGCAGUCUUUAGUCCGCUUCCACCUGCCUCGCCACGGUGUCCCUAUGUCAUACUAGGAUCCUUGACAGCUCCGCCGGGGACCUCCUGAAGCUCACCUGGCGACAUGACGGCGUCCGACAGUGACGAGACCGGUAGCGACCUCUCCGAGUCUUUGGAGAUCCUCCAUCUCCAGGACCAGUACAUGGACUCGGAGAGCUGCUUCAAGUCUAAAAGCUUACCCAUCUUGAAUGAGACGCACUGCAAGGAGGUCGGACUGCUCGACGCCGCCCACGCGGAAGAAAGCCGCGAGCUCCGGCCUAAAACUCCCGAUGAAGCGGACUCCCCGUCAUCCAGGACGGACUUCUCCCCCUCUGUGUCCAGCAUGGUGGGGCUAAGCAGCUCCCUCCCCGUGGACCCUCACAGGGCGGCCGGGGGUAAAAAAGUGGGCUUCUCCCUCUCCCACCUUAUUCGCAUCCCUGCCAGGAAGUAUGUGCGCGUCAUCCUCAGAGACUCCCGCUGUUUCCUGUUCUGCAUGUGCUACCUGACUUUCAUCCAGUCCCUGAUGGUGUCAGGCUACCUGAGCAGCGUCAUCACCACCAUCGAGAAGCGCUACAGCCUCCGCAGCUCCGAGUCGGGCCUGCUGGUGAGCUGCUUCGACAUCGGCAGCUUGCUGGUCGUCGUCUUCAUCUCCUACUUCGGCGGCAGAGGUCAGAGGCCGCGCUGGUUGGCGGUCGGCGGCGUCGUCAUCGCCGUCGGUGCGGCGUUGUUUUCCCUGCCCCAUUUCAUCUCGCCGCCGUACCAGAUACAGGAAAUGAACUCAUCGGCGGGCCAUGAAGGACUCUGCCUCAGUGGCAACAACAGCGGGCGGGAGAUGUUCGACGCCGCGUCAUGUCCCCGAGACCAGGAGGGCAACGAACACAACCUUUACGUGGCUCUGUUCAUCUGCGCCCAGAUACUUGUAGGCAUGGGCUCCACGCCGAUCUACACGCUGGGGCCUACCUACUUGGAUGACAACGUCAAGAAAGAGAACGCUUCUCUCUACCUGGCUAUCAUGUACGUGAUGGGAGCUUUGGGUCCAGCCGCCGGUUACCUCCUUGGUGGCGUCCUCAUCGGCUUCUACGUGGACCCCAAAACGCUGGUCAACAUUGAUCAGAACGACCCUCGCUUUGUCGGCAACUGGUGGAGCGGCUUCCUCCUGUGCGCCAUCGCCAUGCUCCUGGUCAUCUUCCCCAUGUUCGCCUUCCCCAAAAAGCUACCACCGCGCCAAAGGAAAAGGAAGAAAAAGAUCGGCUCUUCCGGUGACUUGUCCAGCGACGACGAUGUAAUGAAGGAAAAGUCCGGCCAGAAUGUUUCGUCCUCGAUGGGCUUCGGGAAAGACAUCAAAGACCUCCCCAGGGCGGCGCUGAGGAUCCUCAGCAACAUGACCUUCCUGUUUGUCAGCCUGUCCUACACGGCCGAGUGCGCCAUCGUCACCGCCUUCAUCACGUUCAUCCCCAAGUUCAUCGAGUCGCAGUUUGGCAUGCCGGCCUCCAACGCCAGCAUAUACACCGGUUUGAUCAUCGUGCCCAGUGCCGGCGUGGGCAUUGUACUGGGCGGCUACAUCAUCAAGAAGCUGAAACUGGGGGCCCGUGAGUCGGCCAAGCUGGCCAUGAUCUGCAGCGGCGUCUCUCUGCUUUGCUUCUCCACGCUGUUCAUCGUAGGCUGCGAGAGCAGCAACCUGGGUGGCAUCAACAUCCCUUAUACCACAGGGCCGACGCUGACCCUGACGCACAGGAAUCUGACAGGAAGUUGCAACGUCAACUGCGGCUGCAGGAUCCACGAGUACGCCCCCGUGUGUGGCUCGGAUGGCAUCACCUACUUCAACCCCUGCCUGGCCGGCUGCAGCGCCGUGGGAAACGACAGCAGUGGGUUGCGGAACUACACAGACUGCGGCUGCGUUCAGAGCCGUCAGGUGAUCACGCCAUCGUCGGGCGGCCAGGUGAACCAGCUCCAGCUGGUCAUCGUCAAGACGUACCUGAACGAGAACGGCUACGCGUUGUCGGGCAAGUGCGACCGCAUGUGCAACACGCUCAUCCCUUUCCUCGUCUUCCUCUUCAUCGUCACGCUCAUCACGGCGUGUGCGCAGCCGUCCGCCAUCAUCGUCACGCUCAGGUCCGUGGAUGAACAGGAGAGGCCUUUUGCUCUCGGGAUGCAGUUUGUCCUCCUCAGAACUCUCGCCUACAUCCCGACGCCCAUCUACUUCGGCGCCGUGAUCGACACCACCUGCAUGCUGUGGCAGCAGGACUGCGGCGUGCAGGGCUCGUGCUGGGAGUACGACGUCACCUCCUUCCGCUUCGUCUACUUCGGCCUCGCCGCCAGCCUCAAGUUCGUGGGCUUCGUCUUCAUCUUCCUCACGUGGUACUCCAUCAAGCACAAGGAGGAGCGCGUGGAGCGCUGGCGCCAACACCUGGCGCCGCCCCUGGGCACCGUCAGCGAGCUCAUCUGCCACGCCGGCGGCCACAAGAGCCACGCCCGCACGCGCUCCUGCCCCGUGUUCCUCCCGCCCCGCGCCGAGGUCCCCGCCGCUUUGCUGCUGGAGCGCGGACACAGCAGCCUCAGUUGCCCCGGCAACGCCCUCAAAGCAAUAACCCUGCCUAUCGUGUUGCCGCAUCACCACAGAGGCUCCGCCCACGUCUGACAGCCCGUGCCUUCCCCUCCCUCGAAAGGGCUGACUCAGCAUCUCGCCACGGUGCUACCGACAUCACUAAAGCACAAACGUGUCCUAUGCAACGUACGCCUCCGCCGCCCACUCGCAGUACUGAACAGCGCCCCCCCCCCUUUCUUUCUGCGUUUUUUUGUGCCUCAGUCUUUGAAGCGACGCCACCGGUACAUUAAACAGGGACAGUCGGGUUCCGAACGCUAACCCGACUACGUGCUAAGGCUACUACUGUAUGUCCCAAAGAUGUGAUUGUAUUGUACGUUUAGUUAGCUAGGAGACUAACAGUAGCAUAGACGGACGGCAUGGCCGCUUUUCUGCUGUUAUUGUUGUUGCUAUUUUUAAACUGGGUCUAUAUUAAAGGGUAUUACAUUUGACUUCCUGCUCCUUUUUAAAUGUUCACGUAGUAUUUGUGUGACUUGAAGUACCUCAAGCGACUAACCGAGAUCAUGGUGUAAAUAGCGAUACAAAUACGGUAGAGCGUAGUACGCGUAUUUAUCAUCCUAACCUUUUACUCAAAAGACGAGAGUCCAAACAGUAUUAUUAUUAUUAUUAUUGACAAGAUGCCUACAUUACCCAUAAUGCACUUCUCCGAGCAGCAUUAAGAAAGACUGGACCUCACGGAUAUUUUAGCAGUAUUCAGAAAGCUCUUAAUGACGUUCCUCAGGAGCAGAAGUCUCUCGUUUAUGUUUGUGGACUAUUUGCUUUACAAAUGACUUGAAUACAUUGUUGAGAUUUAGCAUUAAAAAAACAAAAAGUCAACAAGCUUUGUCUCGUGUCGUUACUACC